CGCCAAGGGGAUCCGCUGGCGCUGAGGGGAGCCGGUGGCACCGAGGGGACAGAGCGGAUCGGGUGCCGCCAAGGGGAUCCGCUGGCGCUGAGGGGAGCCGGUGGCGCCUCACGGCUCCAACGGCCCGACGCCGUUGCUAAGGAGACGGCCACGGCGGAGAUGGCGGCCACUGAGGCGGGCGGGAGUCCGGCUGCGGCCCCCGAGCCCUCGGCGUCCUCCUGCUCCUCAGAAAGUACUUCCUUGAAAGAAGGAAAUCUUCCCUAUCCUGGGAUGCUACCAGUAGAUAAGAGGCUUCUAAACUUACAGAUCUACAAACUUCUUCAGUGCGUUCAUGAGAAAGACAAGAAGCAAAUAGAAAAUCUGAUCCAGAAAGGAUUCCCAGACCUCAUUAAUUACACAGAGCCCAAGGAAGGAUAUAGUGCCUUUCACGUGGCCUCCAUGAAAAAUGACAUUGAAAUGUGCCGCUUCCUGCUGGAACACGGAGCUCGUCCGAAUGUCCACGACAACAUGGGCUGCACUCCAGCCAUGAAGGCAGCUGAGCUGGGCUAUGAGGUGAUUUUGGAAUUACUAGCAAAAGCUAAGGCAGACAUGACUGCUGUGGAUAAUGAAGGGAAAGGUAUUUUGUUUUACUGCCUUUCACCUACAGUUCGCCACACCCACUGCCUGCAAAUCGCCUUGGAAUAUGGUGCAGAUGUUAACAACUGUACCACCACGGGGAGGUCUCUGCUUCUACAAGCCUGUGAGCAGGCUCAUGAGGUUAAAGAAAUGUGCCUGAUUUUCUUGGAGAAAGGAGCAGAUCCCCAUGCAAAAGACCCGGCCACCGGGCGCACGGCCGUGAUGGAAGCUGCGCGGGAGGGUGCUGCCGACGUGGUGCUGGCUCUGCUGCGGAGGGGAGCCGACGUCAACCUGUUCGACUUUGAAAGGCACAGUGCUGCUCAUUUCGCGGCCAAAGGAGGCUUUUUUGAGAUUCUGACGAUUAUUUCAGGUUAUGGUGCAGACUUGAAACUGGUUGCUAUGAAUGGUAACACACCGCUUCAUUAUGCUGCAGAGGGAGGAUUUACAGAUUGCUGCAGGUAUAUAGGACAAAGAGGCUGUGAUCCUACAUGGUCAAACUUGUUAAAUCUGACCCCAAGGGAUGUUGCCAAGGCUGGUGGGUUUAAAGCAGCAGCAGCAGUGUUGCGCAAAGCCGAAAAAGCCUUUAAAAAGCCGGAUGAGAUCCUUGCCUGGUACCUGAAGGUGUACGACUGGUCCUUGCAGCACGAGGAUGCCAUCCGCAAGGAGUUUGAGGUUGACGAAGAAGGAGAUGGGAUGGUAUCCAGAAGUGAUUUUAUGUCAGUCCUUCGGAAGCGCUGGGGCACCGUGGAUGAGGAACAAAUAGAAAUUCUGGCUAAAAAGCAUGAAGUAUCUACCGACAAGAUCAGCCUGGAUGAUUUUUUUAAAGGCUCAAAAUACCUGCAGAAACCCUUUCUGCUGUCAUCCUUUGGGCCCAAAGCAAAGAAGAAGAAGAAACCGCAGAGAAAGAAAGGCAAAAAAGGCCUGCCUGUGCCAAUCUGUGUAAUGCCAAAGAGCGAGCGUCCGCUGAGGGAGGAUGGCUUCCCUACCUACAUGGUUGAGGCUGUCCCAAAGAUCCCUGAAGAGCAGCGUUUCAAACGGGCCCUCCAGUCCGCCCACCCCGUGUUCGAUGACCGGGCCUGGUACGUGGAGGAGCCAAGGAAAUCCCUCAUAGACAUCACCUACCUGGUGAGACAAGGAGACUUUGUGUCUCUGCAGAGAGCCUUCGACCAGGGCGUGCCAGUAGACAUAAAAGAUAAAUAUUACAAAACACCUUUGAUGGUUGCAUGUGCGAGUGGCAACAUAGUCCUUGUGGAGUUUCUUCUGGAAAAGGGGGCUGAUGUAAACGCGACCGACAACUUCCUGUGGACUCCUCUGCAUCAUGCCUGCUACAAUGGACACCUGGACAUCGCUGAGGUGCUGGUGCAGGCUGGAGCAGCCGUGAAUGCCCCUGCCAUCGGCGAGGCCACGCCGCUGAUGAGAGCCGUUGAGGCCUGCAGGCUGGACAUGGUCUAUUUCUUAAUCACUGCAGGUGCUGACGUCCAGGCUGUAAACAGCAAUGGAAGGAGUGCUCUCGAUCUUGCUGAAGUAUUUGAAGAUGCUAGAAUAAUUGAACUGCUCGAAAAUCAACUGCAAAUUUUGGCAGAAGAACAAGAAAAAGAAGAAGCAAAGCCAGCAAAAGGUGGGAAGCCAAAACCAGCAGAGCCACCGAAACCUGUGAAGAAGGAGUCUCCAGAUGCAUCUCCGCCACCUGAGGAAGAACCUGUUCCUGAAAAGACAACGCGUUCCCGUAAGGACAGUUCUGCUUAUUGGAAAUCUUUGGCAGCGAGAGAAAACAAAAAUGACAUCUCCUUCAGACCCAGAAAAGUAUGGAGCCCUGAUGCCACAGCGAUGCAGCUUGCAGAAAAGCGAGAAUUGCUCCGUGAACGCGCUGCUCUUUGUGGUCACAUGGAAGAUUUCACAACCCUCUUCAAUAGGAAAUUUGAGAAAUAAGCACAGCAUCUGCACAAAGCUACUCCAGCACGUGUUUUGAGGAGACAAAGAUGUAAAAGGCUACUCCUUUGCAAGGAAGGAAUCGUGCAGUGCUCAGUAAAUAAAUCUCAGUUACCAUAAAAGAAAAUCAUAUCAAGUUUUUCCUCCAUAGAUUAUGUUGCUUACCCACAAUCUUUUGUUGAGGGCUUAGUCUGCAAAAAGAUUUCUCCUCGUGUGAUUCUAAGUCUUGGAGCUGGCUCAGUAUACUUCAUGGAAUAGCCACUGUUGUGACACACAAAUCUUUUGAAAAGGUGUGGCUUUAGAAGGCUUUCAGCCCAACACAAAACUUCUUCCUGGAAGAUACAUCCCCCUUCUGCUCUAAAUAUAUAGAUACAAAGGUAGCAUUCAGUAAUUAGCUAAGACAGCAGCGUUCUCACUUGUCUGUAGAGGCCACAGCGAGUUCACAAUUUAAAACCAGGACUCUCACAGGGCCUAGUGUGCUUCCUUCAUGUUCUCCCAUGCAUUUGCCAGAGUGCACGUGAGAUCUGAAACUGCUUCCACCCCAACGGGCUCAUAUUGUUUUCCUUCUGAUUGCUUGAAAGGAUAACAGUCUCUGUAAUAAUCUGUAAUCCAUUUGCCAUGUCUCCCACAGACCACUGGUAUCUCUCACACGAAGGAAGGGUCUCAGAGACCUGCACUGCAGAGUUCCAAGCCACUGAGACCAUCAAGCCCAGCCUUUGACCACUGUCCCCCAGACCAUGGCCCAGAGUGCCACAUCCAGUCUUUCCUUAAACGCCUUCAGGAUGGUGAUUCCACCGCCUCCCUGGGCAGCCCAUUCCAAUGUUAAUUCCAUUCCUUUCCGUGAAGAAAUUCCUCCUAAUGUCCAACCUGAAUAUGUAUCUCUUCAUCCUCCAGGUAAUUUUUCCUAAGCUCUUCCAGUUUGCCAGAGGGGGUUAUUAACAAACACUGUUCUGGGCCAUCCAAAACUGACAUCACAUUCAUUGUUCCAAAUUUUUUGCUUCUAGCUUCUUUCUAAGAGAUUUAUCUUGCUCCAUCACCUCCCGAAGGACCAAUUGAAGCAACUGAUUCAUUUCCCAUUCCCUCUGAACCACUUCUGGUUCAGCAGCUCCCCGUGAGCCUUCGAGAGCUGCAAAGCUUCCACCAGUAAUGAUCCUCUGAGGGUUGUCCUGACUUCUCCUGGAGAAAAACGUUCCAGCAGGUCUAGAGCCCACCAAUCACUGCACCAGAGCCAAGGCAGCCUGUCUGUGGUGCCAGUUUGACAUUGUGACCCCCCUCUGCAGCCAGGUUACUGAGGUUCUUGGUAACACAUCCCUCGGGGGCAAUCAGAGAAACAACACUGAAUGACCAAUGAGUGAUUUUUAUCUGCCAGCAUAAAACUUCUGCUGGCUGCAAUGAUUGUAAAUAACAAAAAUAGUGGAGCUUCAGUUAAGUCAUAGAAAGCUGUGUGGGCAAGGAGCCCGUGAACAAUCGUAAAUGAAACUGCAUCUUUGAAAGAAGGAGAAGCAAAGGGGCAAUUUGCUGAACUGUAGCCAUCAAAAUAAAAUCAAGCAGCAGUCAGAAAAACUGUGUUUCUGGCAGAGCUCUAUCGCAGAUGUUACCCAGGACAGUUCACAGCCUUCACGUGUCCAUCGAGGCUUUUCCUGGUUCUUAGUGCAAGGUUGAGCAGCACAGCAUUCCUUGUGGGAUCCUCCACCACCUGUGUCAGGAAGGGAUCAUCAGAACUUUCCAGGAACCUCCUGGACUGUCUGUACUUUGCUGUGUUGCCUCUCCGGCUGUCAGGGUGGUUAAAGUCCCUCACAAGAGGGGAGAACCAGGACUUGUGUAUUGAGGCUGCUUUGAGCAUCCUGCAUUGUGGCAUCACAGUGGUGAUGCAAUAAGGAGGCUGUGUCCUGUGCAGGACACCCACUGCAGUCCCUAAGAGAUGGGGGAAUAGGAAAACCUGCUUGGCUGGAGGAGGCAGAGCCACCCACAGCUGCCCUCGCCAUCAGACUGGCCUGGGACAGCGUGGCACAGAGCAGCGCUGCAGGCACCCGGCCCCUCAGCCAGGGGCAAUAGCUGGGCAGCUGACAUCCCGGCUGCCCCUGGCCCAGCAGGCCAAGGACGAGGCAACAGCGCGGCAUCCCGAGGCUGUGCAGUGCAGCUGGGAUGCUGGCAGAGGGCUUGGCGGGGCCGGAAAUGCCAUGGCAGG